AUGGAAUUGUUUCCAUGGAGUGAAUUUGUUCCCUCUUCGGUAGAUUCAAGCGCGACACCCAAUUGCAAUACCGCAGCUCAUGCCCCAGUGCAUGUCGAGAACUCGCAAAGCCCAACAGCUAACACAGAAGAAAUUACUCUCCCCUUGUCGGAGGAUCGGUCGAUGGUCGCGGAGUCCACUCCAUACGAGCUUGCAACUUGGAUUGCACCAAUUCUUAUCAGCUGCAUGAACAAACCAGAACAGACCAAUCCAAUCAACGCAUGGGACUCCACCGACACUGAAGCAAAUGUCAUUGGUCCUAGUGUACCUGCAAGCUCAACUGGCCAGACUGCGACACAAAUUCUCCCUCCAGUCCCGCAAAGCCCAACAGCUAACACAGAGGAAAUUGCUCUCCCCUUGUCGGAGGAUCGGUCGAUGGUCGCGGAGUCCACUCCAUAUGAGCUUGCAACUUGGAUUGCACCAAUUCUUAUCAGCUGCAUGAACAAACCAGAACAGACCAAUCCAAUCAACGCAUGGGACUCCACCGACACUGAAGCAAAUGUCAUUGGUCCUAGUGUACCUUCAAGCUCAACUGGCCAGACUGCGACACAAAUUCUCCCUCCAGUCCACAUUCCUACUGGACAGCUUGAAUUACCUUCUCAGGUCGGCCGCUCUCGACAGGGAAACGAAAAGAAACGCGCCGAAAUGGCACAUCCAUAUAUUAUGGGAGAAAAUGUGCCCGAAACCAACAAGAGGGCUACCAGUAGGAAGCCCAAAACAAACGAGGACUUGAAUACCAUGUCCGGGCCUGUUACCUGCUGCGCAGGAUCUACAUGUUCCGAAAUAUUUACAGACCUGAAGAAAUUUGGUGCCCAUCUUAAAAAUGCGCACCAUGUUUCGCCAGGCCAUAUUGGUACAGGGUUGAAAGGUUGUCCAUGGCGAGGGUGUACUGAAUUCCUGACAGUCAGCAGCCUAAUUAAACACAUAUUUAAUAAGCAUGCGAAGGCAUUGGUUAUUUCAGCAAAAGCAGGUCUCGGUUCAAACAAGAUGUAA